GCAACGCUGUCUCCACUACAUGUGCGCUGCCUCGCAUUCCCCCCCAGACUCUCUUGGCGCUUUCUUGCGCACAGGAGCAUCUUCGCUCAGCACUACACAGCCGCGCAAGCAAGGUUCCGUGCAACAAGUUCACCGGAGACCUAGCGCGCCGUCACACAGGUUCACUUGCGUUGGCUGGAGCGGAGACUCGACUCGUCUAUCCGUCGCUGUGUGCCACAAGGUCCCUGUACGUGGGGCGCCGCGUCGCAGGCAGGCAGGCGCACACGCACACUCACACUCACACACACACGCACGCACAGAAGAACUGUGUGCCACUAGAUCCGCGACUCCGCGCCAGAUGCAGUUCGCUCCCCGCGGCGCGUGUAGUUAAACGGAGUUCGCGCAGGCAAGAGGAGCAUCAAAGUGUGUGGCAAAAAUGGAGAAAGUGGCGCAGCAGAAGCGUUGGCGCACGACGGCGCUGCACAUUGUCUCGUCUUUGUGUUCCGCGGCGUCCGUCGCCUUUUGCGUCCUCCUGAGCAUUAACGCGGCGGACGUUCGGCACCGGGUCGUGGCUUUGGAGAGUGGGAACGGCGCGCAGACCCUAAUCCGUGCCCCCGGCCACUCCAUGGAUGAUUUUAAUUCGCUGAUUCAACAACGAGUUGACGAGCUUCUCUCGCAGCGCUCCUAUGAAAAUUUUGUGAAGAUUCGGACUGCCAGACAAACGUCACCUGAGUGCAACUGCCCUCCAGGACCUCCAGGAAAGCGCGGAAGAAGAGGCCGCAAUGGAGAUCCUGGACCUCCUGGCCCUCCAGGUCCGAAGGGUGAAAAGGGGGAUCAAGGCGACCAGGGACCACGGAUGGUCUUCCCUAAGAUCAAUCAUGGCUUUCUUUCCGCUGACCAGCAGCUCAUAAAGCGACGGCUCAUUAAGGGAGACCAGGGGCAGGCAGGACCACCUGGCCCCCCAGGGCCACCGGGCCCUCCUGGGCCUAGAGGGCCUCCCGGGGACACAGGCAAAGAUGGGCCCAGAGGCGUUCCUGGUCUACCAGGCGAUCCAGGGCAGCCUGGAGAAGCGGGACUUGUGGGGCCUGAGGGGCCACAGGGGCCGAUGGGUUCUCUCGGGCCUCCUGGUGUUCCAGGUGUUGAUGGACUGAAGGGGGAUCUUGGCAUCCCAGGAUUGGACGGUGUCCCCGGAGCCAAGGGUGAAAUGGGAGAGCAAGGUGAAAAGGGUGAUAUGGGCGAAGAAGGUCCGAAAGGUGAUAUUGGGGAGAAGGGAGAUGCAGGCUCCUCUGCAGCCGGCAUCAAGGGUGAACCUGGAGAGCCUGGACGAAGUGGACAUAAGGGAGAGCCAGGACUUCCAGGGCUGCCUGGACUCCCAGGGAUAAAGGGGGAACCUGGAUUUCUCGGACCCCAGGGAGAGCCUGGACUUCCUGGACUCCCGGGAACUAAGGGUGAGAGAGGCGAGCUCGGGCCACAAGGAAAGGGCGAGCAGGGAGAAACCGGACCUGUUGGACCAAAGGGGUCAGAAGGAGAGGCGGGAACACCUGGUCCGAAAGGGUCGAAGGGGGAGACUGGCGAUAAAGGAGACCUGGGAUCUGGCGGCCCGAGGGGCCCCCCUGGGCAGAAAGGAGACCAAGGGGCCACGGAAAUCAUCGACUACAAUGGAAACAUUCAGGAGGCUUUACAGAAGAUUACCACUAUUACAGUGACGGGUCCUGCUGGGCCACCUGGGCCAAUGGGACCGCAGGGCACAAAGGGGGAUCGCGGUAUGCCUGGUCUGCCUGGACUCGACGGAGAAAGAGGCUACAAAGGUUCAAAAGGAGACAUGGGGAUGCCUGGAGCUUCAGGGGAGAAGGGAACAACUGGUUUACGUGGCAUACCUGGUGUCAAUGGGGUAAAAGGAGAAAAGGGAGAUCUAGGUACACCUGGUCUUCAGGGUCCUUCAAUUAUUGGCCCUCCAGGGCCACUAGGGCCUCAUGGACCACCGGGACCCAUGGGACCCCAUGGUUUCACUGGAGCCAAGGGUGAAGCCGGAUUGCAUGGUGUGAAGGGCAUGCGAGGGGAACCGGGACACAAAGGGGAUCGCGGACCUUUGGGUCUCCCUGGAGCCUCCGGCUUGGACGGCAAGCCCGGAAUUAGGGGCAUGGAUGGGCCUUCAGGUCCAGCCGGUCCUGCUGGGCCAAAGGGUGACAUAGGCGAGAGAGGAGCAUCAGGCGAGCCAGGACCAAGGGGACCUUAUGGACUACCUGGAGCUGCUGGAACACCAGGCUUGGAUGGGUUGCCAGGCUUAAGGGGAGAGAAAGGCGACGUUGGGGAAAGCGGAGAAAAGGGGGAGAAGGGAAAGAAGGGCAAAAAAGGGCCUAAGGGCGAGAAAGGAGAACAGGGUGCCCCUGGAUUAGAUGCACCCUGCCCAUUGGGUCCAGAUGGAUUACCGAUGCCGGGAUGCUGGCAGAAGUGAUCACUUUAACCUGAAACGCAUGGAGUUUGUAAAUAAUGCUUCUUAUAUGGUAUUUAUAGUUUUUUUUGUUUUGUUUUUUAAUGGAAAAAAAUAGACUAAAAAGAAAAGAAGUCUAUGUGUACAAUGACACACAAAAAAAGAUAACCGUCCCAGGUCUCACACCCUGAGCUGCUUCUACUCACAUUGCUGUGUGGAGAGAGAAAACGGUGUGUGCGUCUCUCACAUCCACACCGUGGUUGAGUUCAGAUCCUCGGCUGGCGGCAGAACUUGUCUCUUAAGUCUUUGCAUGGCUAAGACUGGAGCGUCGCAGCCCAGCCAGAUUCGCGGGGGGUGAAAGGAGACGUAGGAGGAGGAGGAAGGAAGGAAGGAAGGAAGGAAGGAAGGAAGGAAGGGGAUCUGGACUGGCUCUCUAACACCAAACGCUAGGUGUUCUGUGUCGUCUCGUCUCAACAAGCUCACCGCCCAUUCACGCAGCAUCGUUUUCUAGAAGACUAAAAGCAAAAAAAAAAAAAGACUACCAAACAGAACAUUGCACCCUUGACCCCCUGCAAAAAGCAUGAGUAGUGUAACUGAAACUAUAUUUAUAUGUAUUGUACAUACAUGUCACUGUUUUGUGAUUGCACCAUGGCUUCUGCAGAAAAGAAAAACGACACUAACCUAAAAGACUAAAAAGCAAACCCAGAGCUCUGAAUUAGUAACUUUAUCUUUAUUUUUUGCUUUCCUUUAAUCUUCCCGAAGGGAGUCACGCCAUGGCUGGUAGCCUGAAAAUCCCCAUAAAGUAAAGCUGUUGGUUGUUGUUGCUUUAUUGUGCCGAGGCCCGCAAGAGGGUCUGAUACAGUAUCAGCAGGUUUUCACUGUUGCACUCGUGGCUCGGCAUCACCGGUGCGGUGCCCGACUGCAGCCACACAUUCUCAGAUGGGAGAUCUUGACAGGCUCACUGCAACCGACGGGGAAAAAACAAAUCAGACUCUCAAGGAUUUGAGAUCGGACAGGUGUGCUCGGGACCCCCCACCCCCACCCCCCUCUCAGUACGGGAAUGGAAAUUUGCAGGAGAGUCUCGUCGAUCCCCUUGGAGAUCCAACUCCCCUCCACGAGCUACGCUUCAGGGUCAAAUGAGAACAUCGACAGAAUGCAAUCAUAUUUUGUUUCUUGAUUUUUUUCUUUUUGCUCUCAUUCUUAAUUCAUUGUGUUUUGUGUAUAGCCUCUGGUGCCUCAAGCUUUUAUUCAUUCCUUUAUCAGAAAUGUACAACUUUAUAUCAUAUUUUUAAUUCAUGGAAUGGUGUUUAUUUCAGAAGGGUAAGCUUUGUUUGGUUGUGAUUAUUGAUAUGAUUGUUUUUUUAACAGGAUGUUGAAAUAGAAUGAAGGUUAUAGCUUCAGCUGAAUAUACAGAAGGAUUGUGUCCAUCUUGACUGUAUAGCGUCCGAUCUCACUCGUGGUUUUGCAGACACUGAUAUUAUUGUGUGUGCGGAACAAAUCCAGCAUCGUAACAAAUGUGCCAUUUGUUCACUCUGGAGUUGUUGUGUAUGGGAUGUUAUUUGUACAGCGUUGUCAAGUUCACUGCAUGUACACAAUUUAUCAAUUGGUGGAUUUCUUAAAUAUUGAAAAUGAGCAUUGCUGUUGAAGAGCUGAACAAGAACGGCUUUGUUUCACGCAGGGUCGGUGAUUCAUUCAGCUCGAACAAAGCAACAGUGGGAUUUAGUUGAACACACAGUCACUGAUGUGUCAGAUUGUGGCAGAUUAUGUUGAAUACACUCAUGUAUUGUCUUAAACAUAUAGAGAAAAACGUGUAAUACAGUGUUAGGAAAUCGUCGGUGUCCGUUUAUGAACCACAAGCUAAAGCGUGGCCAGUUUAUGUCACAUUCCAUAUCAGAUGGAGCAAAAAUAAAUGCAGUAGAUCAGAGCUAAUUUUAUUCUUCCCCACAGUCUGUUCAUCGUUUCACGUUACCUGCAUUCAAUUUACCUUCUGACAUAGUGAGUGCUAUGCAAGGUGACACUCGCAUUACUUCUUUUCUUCAACAUCAGAAAAUAUGCAUGAAUGGUUUACUGUGAGGACAGAUGACUUUUUUCAAAAAACCAACAUUUUGUUGUGAUGUAGCAGCAACCACAGGUGGAUUGGAGAAGAUUGAUGUUUGACUGUACAGUUAAUCUCAUCAUUAUAAGGAAUAGAUGGACAGAUUAUAAUGGUGCUGACUGAGAGUCGGUCUACAACAGAUCAGUUGAUGUGCUCUACCAGUGGCAAGAACUACACAACAGGUUUCUUUAUUGUUGUUGGGGGUUUUAUGUAUGUAACAAUUUUUUUGUGUGCAUAUAUUUGUGUAUUUGUCUCAGUAUUUUAAGUGGUACAUUAUUUAUUUUUUAUCUAUAAUUUCUAAAAUGAAGGCAUUUUUGGUUCUGAACAGCAUUCCUUUCGGUCGUGGGUUUUUUUUGGGCUUCGGAUGUCAGUUUUCGUCGCGUCUCCGUUGACGUGACGGAACUUUUGGAGCACGCUGAGGCACCAUGAAACAGUUACGCAAAAAUGGGACAGUGUGAAGGAUGUAAGUCAUUCACUGAUAACAGGCCUUAGCGUGGAAUACAUCUGCUUUUAUUUAAUUUGGUGCGUCAGAAAGCGAGCCGUAACAACAAGGUACUGAUGGGCCUGAGCGUUGACAGGGCCAGCCAAUGCAACGUAUAUACAGCGUUCAACAUCACAGCUUUUUUUCAUGCUCUCUCUGUCACUAUCUCUCUCUCUCUCUCUCUCUCUCUCUCUCUCUCUCUCUCUCUCUUUGCAUUUGAAUGUAGUUUGAUAUAUGUAUAGUGGAUUAUUAAUGUGCUGUUAUGAAACGUGUGCUCAUUUGACAAUAAGUGCAAUUUAUACUUUGGUUAAUGUGUGUAGCAUCAAAUGCAGCUGACGUAUCACACAGCCGGUGAUCCCUGCAACUCCAUUUGUUCAGUCAUGCUACCCUGUGUACCACUACCUGGAGAGAAAAUGUUAUUUACCAGAGGACAAAGAAACAAAUACAAAUACAUGGACCUUUCAUUAAAUCUCAGUUUAAAUUGGUUGAUUUUUUUUGCUUCAGAACUGUACCUUCACUCAUUUUUUUAAAAGUGUUAUUUCCAGUACUUAAUAUUUUACCAAGUUUUUACAAUGUGUUCAUUUUGGGUUUUGACAUCCAGCCUCUGUUACAGUAUUUGUUCUCACAAGGUGCUGUAUCUUUAGCAUGUGCAGCUAAUUGUUUUUUUUAAUUGAAAUGUCUUUAUUUGGUUGAUUUUUUGUUGUUGUUUGAUUGUUGUUGUUUCCUCACUGAAGAUUCAUAUCUACAUUAUGAUUCUGCAGAUUUAGUGCCAAAAUAUUUCAAAUAUUCAUUUCCAUGUCAGUAUUGGCGGAGCUCCAACACGACUCACUGAUUCUCCACAUCUGGGUAUUUGUCAUUGUAACAGAGUAACAAGCUCCCAGUCAUGUUUUCCCCCGAAAGGAAGAUUAGCAUUCACUCGUAAACCACACUUUACUCCUCAGAACCUUUCAAAAUAAAAGGGCGUUGGUUUAGGGUAAUUGACUAAUUCACAUUCACAGUAUUCCUGUGCAUUUUUAUGAAAAACAGCAUUGGUCUCUUUAGCGUAAUCGGAUCCCCUUACCCCUUCUGUACCUUCCAAUGACCUGCAGCCUUACUGAAGAAACUAUAUUGACACCUACUCUCCAAAAUAAAAACCCAGUUGUGUUACAAAAGCAAAAAAAGCAUUGCAAAAUCCACUUUGAGGCUUCUGCUUUGUUACAACUUCGUUUUUGGGGUUUGCCGGAUAUGUUUUUUUGUUUUUGUUCGGCAUUUGAGUUGUUGAUUUAAAAAAUUUUACCCACUUGAUUGACAUUUCUUUGAUGAGCCUUGUUCACACUAUUAUAUUUCAACAUGACAUUUCAUAUGACUGUACUGUUGGAGCCAAAUAAAUGCAGUCUUUAAAAUACAUCAUA